UCGUGUUUUUCUUUUUUUCCUACAAAAACCUUCCCGUCAGUUGCAGACAUGCUUUGGCGUAGGUUUGUGUGUCCUCUCCUCUCCUUGGCAGCCCUUCUGGUGGUUGCCAGCUGCGGAGUGGCAGAGCAAAAGAGGAGCACAGAUGGCACCACUGCGACCUCGGUGGGCAAAGGUGGCAGCAGCAGUGCAGGUAGCGGUAGCAGCAGCAGCAGCCGGCGCUACCACCGUGUCCAGCACGGCCAGUGCACCUACACCUUCAUCCUGCCCGAGGGCGAGGGGGGCCCCGGGGGCACCCCGUGCCGGGAAGCAAAGGCGGGCACCCCUGCGUACAACGCCAAUGCCCUGCAGAGGGACGCACCGCCACCAGAGCCGGACUUCUCCAGUCAGAAGAUCCAGCAGCUGGAGCACGUCAUGGAGAACUAUACCCAGUGGCUGCAGAAGAUCGAAAGCUACAUCAGGGAGAGCAUGAAGAUGGAAAUGGCGCAGCUGCAGCAGAGCGCUGUCCACAAUCACACGGCGGCCAUGUUGGAAAUGGGCACCAGCCUCCUAUCUCGGACGGCGGAGCAGACACGCAAGCUCACAGAUGUGGAGACGCAGGUCCUCAACCAGACAUCAAGGCUGGAGAUUCAGCUGCUGGAGAACUCGCUGUCCACCAACAAGCUGGAGAAGCAGCUCAUGCUGCAGACCAACGAAAUCAGCAAGCUGCAUGACAAGAACGGCUUCCUGGAGCAGAAGAUGCAGGAGAUGGAGUCUCGGCACCGUGAGGAGCUGGAGGCCCUGAAGGACGAGAAGGGGGACCUGCAGUCCCUGGUGGGCAAACAGCUCGGGGUGAUCCGUGAGCUGGAGGACCAGCUCGGCCGAGCCACGGGGAACAGCUCAGCUCUGCAGAGACAGCAGCAGGACCUGAUGGACACGGUCCACAACCUCCUCAACCUCUGCGCUAAGGAAGGAGUGAUCCCAAACAGCACCAAGCAGACAGAAGAGGAGAAGACAUUUAAGGACUGUGCCGAGCUCUAUAAAGCUGGCUUCCAGAAGAACGGCGUGUACACCAUUCAGAUCAACAAUCUAGAGCCCAAAAAGGUCUACUGCAACAUGGAGAGCGCAGGGGGAGGAUGGACUGUGCUUCAGCACAGAGAAGAUGGCAGCGUGGACUUCCAGCGGACGUGGAAAGACUACAAAAUGGGUUUUGGCAGCGUGUCUGGCGAGCACUGGCUGGGGAACGAGUUUGUCUACCAGCUCACCAACCAGCAGCAGUACGCCCUGCGGGUGGAGCUGACCGACUGGGAUGGACACCAGGCGUUCUCCCAGUAUGACCGCUUCCACAUCGGCACCGAGAAGCAGAACUAUAGGUUGUUUCUGAAGAGCCACACGGGCACAGCAGGUAGGCUGAGCAGCCUGGUGAUCCACGGAGCAGAUUUCAGCACCAAAGACGUGGACAACGACAACUGCAUGUGCAAGUGUGCACUCAUGCUCACCGGCGGUUGGUGGUUUGACGCUUGUGGGCCAUCAAACCUCAAUGGCAUGUACUACAACCAAGGGCAACACGUGGGCAAACUCAACGGCAUCAAGUGGCACUACUUCAAAGGCCCCAGCUACUCACUCCGGGCCACCACCAUGAUGAUCCGACCCCUGGACUUCUUAUAAUGACCCCCUCCCCUCCCCCCCCAUUCCAUACUACUGGGAAUGUUCCAGAACAGUGCUUCUCACUGGCAUCUUUGCAUGACUCUAUCCCAGCACCUCCACUGAACUCGUCUGGCGAGCCUUAUACUACCUGGUGGCAAGUGACACUUUUGCCUGAUAACCUCUCUCCAGGAAUUGGGAUGGGGGGAAUUUCUGGGGCCUAUUCUUAUCACGGUGUUUCUGCCAUGGUAGGUGCUUCAACUCUUUGGGACUUUUUGGAAGACAAACUUGGUUCUGUUAUUUUUACAUCCAAGGUAUGAACUUCAAGUGCCAUACACUUCUCACUCCAGAUCAGAGGACUACUGUUCUUGCCUUUGAUGGGAUGGGAUGGGCCUGGCCUUUGGUUUAUUUGGCGGCUAGGGCCACUCAGCAAACACCCUCCAUCUGGAAGGUCAUUGGGAAACCAAGAGAAGAAAUGUUUGAAUUGUUUUGUCAUUGUCUUUUUUUUUCGUAACAUGGAUGAUCAAAUUGCACAAUUACCUUUGGGACAUGAGAUAUUUUAUAUUUUAUGCCUUUUUUUGUAUACCAGUACUUUAGUUUGAUACAUUUGGAAUGCUAUACUCUUUUGUAAAUAAUUUUCCCAGGCAACCCGAGAAGACAAAUCGUUGCACACCGCUCCAUUUACAAGGUCACUUACAGCAUAAUACUUGUAAUAUUUGUCUUUCAUGGGCAACAGAAUGGAACAAUGACUCUGAGAGCAAGGCCAUUGGUCAAUAGUUGUGCUGCAACAUGUACUGUAUGCUUGUUGGCCUGCCAAAGACUGUUGAUUAGUUCUAGAGUUCAUACUGCCCCCAUUGUUGUUGUUGGCUGUGACCUAUGAUAAAGGUUGAUCCACAUUUAUUAUUGGAUGUUUUACAGCCAGUGCCAAUACUCCAAAGUGCAAUCAUUUCAGCUCAAUGUCAGCGAUUGCAUUAGCGAACGUAAAGAGAAUGCGACAUUGCAACAUUGCUAUGCAAGGUACAUCAGCAUAAAUCACAAGAAGAAUUGAAAUAAAAAAUGAUGGGCUGUUGUAUUUCAUUAUAAAUACUGUAUCCUGUGGCCAUUAAACUAGAUGCUGGCAAAACCACAAAAUGUCUACAUAAUUAGAUGCUGGAACAAAAGGGCCAUUUGUGUAUCUGACAGUGGCAGAUUAAACAUGCCAGGAUUCCUGGAGAUCUGCUGCUAUAGUGGUGAACUAGUCAACAGUUUUAUAUUUUCCUUUAAAUCAGGGCCAGACAUUAGACAUUAGAGUUAGAGAGGGUCAAAACUCAACAGUUGUCUUGUUCCUUCAAAUUAAUGUUAUUUUAGGUAGAAUAAAAUGUUUAUCAGGAGCAAGACAUUAGACUACCAAAGCAUCUGGUAGUUAUUAAAUAACAUCUCCUUUCAUUCUGAUACAGUUCUACUUACAUGAGAACAUUAUACAGCAUACCAAGAUGCAAUUUCAAUUGCUACAGUGUAGAACUUUGCAGAAAGAUGUACAGGUUGAUUAGCUGUUGAAAUGCCCUAUGUUGACACCAAGACUACUUUGUCAUCAGCAGUAGCCUAAUGCAAUGAAGCUGUUUCGUCAGAAGCUGGUCAGACAGCAUGUGUUCAAACUGCAAGUUAAAUUAUUUGGUCAGAUACAGUACAUAGGUCAAAUUACAGUUCAGUACAGGUCAAGUUACAAUGGCAUAAUUUUACCAGCAUCUGGUACAAUAGUCAAUGCUAAUAAUGUAACACAGCAGCCCAGAGGCUUCAGUGGGGAAGUCAGUGUGGGAUGCACAUUGUGAAUGCUGAAAAGUUCCCUUUUACGGAAACUUAAUCUUACUUAGUUGCUAAACCCAUCAUAUCCCAUCAGUCAUCCCCACGGCCCUUAUACUCCAAGCGGUCCCCAUUCAGAGCUGCUGUUCUGAAUGUUCUCCUCCACAGUUAAAGAUGGCCUCAUUAAAACCUGAGAGGUUGCCUCAUAAAUAAUGUUGUUGUUUUUUUAAGACGUUACCGUCUUCAUCUGUGUCUGAGGCACUCUGAUCCAUCAUCAUCGGAUGAGAAAAACCCAUUGCUGCGUUGGCAGCUGCAGUUAUCAUGGCCUCCUUUCAUCAGCCAGGUUUAAAAUGCUGUUUUAAAGCAUCCCAGCUGAAGCCGUGAUAAAACUAAUGACUUGCUUCAGUGCUCUGCACACUUCUAUUACAAUACCACCAGCAUGGAACGACGACUAGCAAGCAUAUUUUCAGUUUAUCCUUUUAUUGAAGGCAGGUACUCUUGUAAAAAUAAAAUGCCUCAUUGUAUCUGGUGUGUGUAGCGCCUUGACCUGACAUGUUUAUUAACAUAUUAAAAUGGUGUAACUGUAAUUUAAUAUGUGUACAUAUAAAAUAACUUUCCUGAGGAAAGCACUGUCAUUUAUAUAUCCUCUGCAGGACCAUGGUUUUCGUUCUGAAGUAAUAAGAAUAACAAUAGAAAAGACCAGUGCCUUCAAUGACUCUGCCAUUACCUCAUAAAAAGCCGUUGUUUUGCCAUAUUAUUUAAACUCUUAUUUUUGUAUCAGUGGUCAGAAUUUCAUGAUGCUAGACUGAAUAAAAGCAAGCAUGUGAUGCAGUUUUGAUUGCGGA